CUUCUUCUUUCUCGCCUCUUUCCUCUCUAUUGCGAGACAUCCACUUGGAACUCUUUUCGGUCCUCUCGCUUGACAUCACCAUGGCGAAGAAGUCUCAACCUCCUCCUGGUAAAGCCUCUGCGCCUUCGUCAAAGAAGGCGAAAUCCUCCUCUUCCUCUUCUAAGUCAGCUGCCACCGAAGCGAAAUCAUCCAACGCGUCUGUUGCAAAGACUGAGAAAGGUAAAGCGGCACCUCGACCAAGCACAACCCUGGAGAACAUCCAAGAAACAAUCUCGAGCGUCGUGGAUGUCGUAAAAGAUGCUGUCGAAGUGGCCGGAGAUCUCGUGCUCGACGAUCCAACCCAUACACCCGUAGCGGCUGAUCAAGUCUUGGCCGACCAUGUGGAUGUUCCGAAACUAAAGAAGAAAGCUGCAAAGGCUGCCGAAGUCGGGAAAGAGGAAGCUCAAAAGGUCGGCAAGGCAGCUGGGAAGAAAGCUAAAGAGGUCGGAGCGGCAGCGGAGGAAAAGGCUGCAGAACUCGAAACUGCUGUGGAGGAGAAAUUGGAAGAGAAAGGAGUAGACGUCAAGGGAGCCAAGAAGAAGGCUGGAAAGGUCGUCAAGGGCGCAGAGGAGGCUGUACAAGCUGUCGCAGAGGCCACGGAGCCAGCUGUGAAGAAGGGCAAAAAGGCGGCGAAAGCAGCUGUGAAAGAGACGGAGGAAGUUGUGGAGGAACUCAAGGAUCCCGAAAGCAAGAAACGGAAACGCGCUGAAGACUUUAUGGCGACUGCUGAAGGCACGGCUCGAGCUGUGGCCGACAAGGUCGGAGAAGUCAUCUCGACUGUUGUGGAAUCUUUUGGAGCAGCGAGUGGAUUGGCCAAGGACCUUGGAGCCGAGACCAGUGCCAAAGGCAAAAAGGCAAAGGGAGAUGUCGAGCCUGCGUCCAAAAGGGCCAAAGGAGCUGUCAAGGAGGCCGUCGAAGACAUAAAGGAAGCUGCAGAGCCUGCCGUGAAGAAGGGCAAGAAGACCGUCGCCGAGGCUGCUGAAUCGACCGCUAAGAAGGGCAAAAAGGCAGUAGAGGACGCCGCCGAAGCCGUCGAACCCACCAUCAAGAAAGGCAAACAGGCAGUCGCCGAAGCUGCUGAGACAGCUACGAAGAAGGGCAAAAAAGCAGCUGCCGAUGCUAAGGACGCUGUCGAGCCCGCCGUCAAGAAAGCCAAAAAGGCAGCUGCCGAAGCUACUGAGAAGGCCGAACCGACAGUCAAGAAGAGCAAGAAGGCCGCUGCGGAUGCCGCUGAGACUGUCGAGACCACUGUGAAGAAGGGCAAACGUGCUGCCGCAGAGGCACUUGAGGACGCGGAACCGGUCGCCAAAAAGGGGAAAAAGGCAGCCGAGGAUGCUGUGGAGUCGGCCAAAUCGACGGUUUCCAAAGGCAAGAAGUCAGCUGCUAAAGCUGUUGAGGAAGCCAAACCUGUCGCUGCGAAGGGCAAGAAGGCAGCCAAGGAUGUCGCAUCCGCUACGGAGGAGAAGGGCAAGAAGGCCGUGAAAGGUGCCAAAUCCAAAGCCAAGGAAGUUGCAGAGGAGCUUGGCGAUGAGGAGAUGGUGGACGGCUUCGCGUCGAGCGAUGAAGAGGAUAGCUCGGACGAUGAGAGUGAAGUUGGAGGAGAGAAGGAAGAGGUCGACCUGAAGAGUUUGCCAAUGGUCGCUAGGGAUGACAAGAGCGUCGCGGCGAGGUUGAAGAAAGCACAGAAAAAGAAGGACACACAAAAGGGUACAUUGUAUCUUGGUCGAGUGCCCCAUGGAUUCUAUGAAGAACAGAUGAAGGAGUAUUUCUCGCAGUUUGGAGACGUCACUCGAGUUCGACUGGCAAGAAAUAAAAAGACUGGCGCAUCCAAACACUUUGCUUACAUCGAGAUGUCAUCCCAGAGUGUGGCAGAGAUCGUUGCGGAGACUAUGAACAACUACUUGUUGAUGGGUCACUUGCUCAAGUGUCAGGUCAUUCCGCCAGAAGAUGUUCAUCCCAAACUUUGGGUCGGAGCGAACCGCAAAUUCAAGAAGAUUCCCCGCGCCCGAGUGGAGAAAAUGAGGACCGAAAAGUCUCGAUCCAAGGAGGAGCAAGAUCAAGCGAAUGCUGGAUUAUUAGCCAAGCAGGACAAACGAAAGUCAAAGAUCAAGGCCAAGGGUAUCGAUUACGAGUACGAGGGACAUGCUUAGGGUCAUGAUCAAGGGAGACAUGAAUCGACCUGGAUAGACGGUCAAGGGGAAAUAGAUCAGAGACUCAUGCCUUGGCCAUAUGAAGGCUUUUGGGAGACCAUGAACGACCUGUUGGGAUUCUAUACUAUGUCUAUAGCUCUGAGCCUGUUGGAAUGCGACGUAAUGAUAUGUCAAUGAUC